AAAAUACCUUCUGAAAUCAUUCCUAUCAGUAGCAAAUCUAUAAGCUGUACGACUCCACUCCAUGAACCCUUGUGAGCGGCCAACUCUUUUUCCAGAUGGAGCCAUACCUUCACCUUUAAACAACCCGUAAAACCACACGCUACCCUUUUACGUUCGAGAAAGCAUUUCGUCGCACUCUCAGAUACAUCACAGUUUGAACAUCAUGACGCGACAAUAAGAUUAUUUCACUUUCGUGAAGACGUCAAGGGGUGGUGUUUAUUUGUUUUUGCAUUAUCAAGGACGGUACAUCAUUUUGGUAUUACGAACCUGGUUUAUUGCUAGAAGAAGAACCAUGGCUGAAAACCGGAUACCGUCUAUGCAGCAGAUGUCUGGUGCUGAUCUGGAGAUGGAUCAAGUAGAAUAUACUUUGAGAAAACGUCUUCCCCGAAAACUCCCCAAACGAAAAAAUGACAUCUAUGUUAACAUGAAGACUAACUUCAAGGCCCAACUGGCACGCUGCCAGAAGCUUCUCGAUAGUGGAGGUUUUAAUGAAAUCUGCAUUCAUGGUUUAGGGCUGGCUAUAAACAGAGCUAUUAAUAUAGCACUGCAGCUUCAGGCCAACAGUUUUGGAGCUCUGCAGAUUGCUGCAAACACUUCUACCGUGGAGCUAGUGGAUGACCUAGAGCCAGAAUUAGAUAUGGGCGAUCCGGUGACCCGGACAAGAAAUAAUUCAGCCAUUCAUAUCAAGGUCUUUCGUUUAAUCCCAGUGUAGGUAGAUCUGAUCUAAUUUGUUAUAUAAAGUUGUAUCUGGGACUGUUUUCCCAGUCAGUAGGCUCAUACUUCACAGGUGAUGGUCUUUCCAGAUUUGGAGGGUUUGAGAUUUUUUCUUUUUUCACCUUUCUGGAGCCGAUCAGUAGAUAUUAAGUUUAAACCUAUAUUGUUGAUUUCCAGUGAUCACAGCAGAACUACGUGAAAACGAUGUCAUUAGUUUUUUAUUUAAAACUUCCAUAUUGUUUCUUGAAAACGAUGGUUUUGAUGAGGGUAAAGGACCACAGCUGUACCUGCUAAUGUAGUUCUUUCAAGAAGAUGCAGUGUGGCUUUGAAAGGUGAUUUACUCAUUAGAAAUGCAGCUCAUUUUUAACAGUAUUUUGGACAAGUUUCUGACAGUGAUUCUUGCAGCUUACUCAUCUUCAUCGAAGCCAGUCACAGACUUGAAUGUUAAGCCAUUUGGCAGUGACGUACUAGGGAAGGAAGGAUGUUGAAGGUUGACAAUUCACUUACUUCAAGACAUUUGAUAUCUAAUAGCUUGACAAGAUAACUGGUUUUCUUUCUUUUGUUGGUUAGCUUAUUAACUUGAAUGUAGAAGUGGUUUAGUGGGGGGGGGGCACAAGGCUUUUGGCAUCUUGUGGGUAGAACCCACAUGGAGUAGUGUUUUACACCCCCCCCCCAUCCAAGGAGCAUAUAAAGGAAAAACACGCAACAGCAACAUUAAUUCAUAGAGCAGUAUGCAGCUUCUUUAUAUGGGACUUUGCAGCUGCUCUGAUAAGCUGAUUUUUCUGAGAAUUUCUGUUACACAAUCCUUUUAAAACUUUGUAUGAUUUGCUUUGCUUCUUCAGUAUUCCCCAGCAGUUGUAUUUUUGAAAGUAGUGUAUAGCAUCACCUAUCAUUAAGCAGCAACAGUCAUGAGGUUGUUAAUCUAGAUCUGUUGAAACCCUUGGAAGUAGUCAUAAGUUUGAUAAAUGGCUGUAUCUAUUUCCAGUCUACUUCUAAAGCCUACAAUCACUACAUUGUAAAAGGAUUGUGUUAAUCAUACGUGAAAAAGUUUAUGCCGCUGCUUUUUCUUAUUUCUGAACUUAACCCUCACUGUGCAGAUUACUUUGUUUCAACAUUGUCUGAAUGAAAAAUGCUAUUGAAAAUGGUCUUGUAGUCUUCAAAAUACAUUCCAGGUUUGCUGAAGUGCUGUAAUAACCAAUCUUGAGGUGAUGCUUUCUCCUCUCAUGCCUGUCUGCAUUCAUGGGUUGUGUCAGCAUUUGAAAAAUGCCCACUGUCUGCUACUACUGCUCCAUAGUCCCCCACCCCUAAGUGGCUGUACCAUCCUUUAUUAGGCCUGAUUAUCCUGGAUGAUUGUUCUCUACUGUUACCCCUUUCAGUUUGUCUGCCUGCAGUAGGUGGUGCUGCUUUGGUAAGAUUUAGACAACACAAUAAUUCCGUUAAGGAUUCUCAUCUUAUGGAUUUGGUAAUGAACCUCAAACUAUACUACUAUUUCUUUGUUGUUGUUGUUUCUGUGUGUGUGUUUGGGGGGGGGGGGCUUGUAAUACUGUAACUUGCCUAUGUCCUAUUUCUGAUCACUUAACAUUAUAUCUGUUUUCUCAUUUGAUAAUAUAUUGAAUUACUUUCUGUAAUUCUUAUUUCUCUGCAGUUAUGCUGACCCCAAAAUUGGGCUGGUAUGAAGACACUUUUCAGCCACAACCCAGGCCAGCAAAGCAGUUGGAAUACAUAUAGAAAGAUACAUACAGCAAAAAACACUUUUUGUAAACAUUAUCUAGGAAUGUUGCUAUUUAUAACAAGACUUCCUGAACUGAGCUCGACUCCAUAUGAGGCAUGAUUGAGGAAAGUCGUUCUGUUUCCCUACCACAAACAUGGCCUACUUCCAAGGGUUUCAACAGAUCUAGAUCACUGGACUAUACUUCAUUUUUGUAGUUUUAAUGUUAUUUGUGUAGCAAAGAAGAACAAAAAAGUGAGCCCUUCUCCAUAUGGUGCAUAGUAGUGUAUAGUAGUGUAUGUCAUUCCCGAUUUUCACCCAAGUAUUUUCUGUGUUCUACUCAUUGGUCUGUAGUUAAUAAUUUUUGUGGCUUUAACCUUCUUUGCUCAGCAAAGCACAACAAGGUGACAUUUUGUUAUAUAUAUAUAUUAUAGUUUGUUGGUGAUAGUUCAAAGUUGUGUGUUUUUUGUUUGAAAAAUGCAGAUCAGUAGUAUAUUUUGUUAUAAUAACUUUUUAACUGGCUUCCCAUAGUUUGUCCACUUGACUCAGUGACACACUUAACACUCUUUUGCCUGUGUACGUUUUCCAUCUUGACCUGCAGUGCAAAUGUUCCUUUAUAAUGGCUUAAUGGAAUGAGCUUCAUUUAAUAAAAAGAAUACAUACAUAGA